AUGGACUCAACUGAAAAAAGACCCCAAUUUGGCAACAGAAUACUGGAAAAUGUGGACGAGGUGUUCAAGCAUAACGCUUGGGAUAAUGUUCAAUGGGAUCCAGAGCAAGAAAAAGUUGCACAAGAAAAAGUUAAACUAAAUUCGGAAGUAAUGUUUACAAAGGAAAAUUUAAAAGAUUUAGAAGAAAAUGCUGAUAAACAUUGGGACGCAUUUUAUGAUAUUCAUCAAAACAGGUUUUUUAAAGAUAGACACUGGCUGUUCACUGAAUUUCCAGAAUUAGCCCCAGAUAAUACAUCAGCCCCAGAAAGAGUCUAUCCUAAUAAUGAUACAAAAACUUGUUCCGUAACAAAAACUACUUGCAGUGAAAAUUCUAAACGUUACAUAUUUGAAAUAGGCUGUGGUGUUGGCAAUACUAUUUUUCCCAUUUUGCAAUACAGCCAGGAUCCAAAAUUGUUUAUUUAUGGCUGUGAUUUCUCUUCAACAGCUGUUGAUAUAAUGCAACAAAAUGAACUUUAUGAUAAACAGAGAUGCAAUGUGUUUGUAUUAGAUGCAACAGUUGAAGACUGGCAAGUCCCAUUCAAAGAAAAUACAAUUGACAUAAUAGUCUUAAUUUUCGUUUUAUCAGCAAUUGAUCCAACAAAAAUGCCAAUUGUUAUAAAAAAUAUUUAUAAAUAUUUGAAACCAGGAGGACUGGUGGUGUUUAGAGAUUACGGCAAAUAUGACUUGGCUCAACUUAGAUUCAAGAAGGGGUCUGGGUACAAGGAAAGUACAGAAAGCCUUUAUAAUUCAGAUAUAUUGAGCAAUUCUUCGUCCAAUGCAACUCCUAACUCCAAACCCAAAAGGCAGUGUUGUCAUUGGAUGGGCUUUACCAUAGUGUAUAGGAUC